ACACACACACACACGGGUGCAAGGGGGGCCUUCGGCCCCCCCACCCGCACCCCCGUUCGAUGUGUGUGUGUGUGUGUGUGUGUGGUGAUGCUCAUAUACUUCGUGCAGUUUGUUCGUGUCGUUACAUUCAGUCCAUCUGACAGGAUUCAUAACCUAAACUGUUAUCUGCUUUAACGCUUAACAUCUCGCUUCGGAAGGCAGAGCGACGAUUUUGCUAGAGGAAAAAGUUGUUUGUUUUGCAAAAACGCGUUGAAUGAGCCUAGUUUCAUCAAAAUUGGUGAUGAUGUGGCUAAACUGAAUAAUUACCAAAUUGUAAAUAUUCACAGAAAAUAUGCCAAAACGGUGCGAAAUCGUUGGUUGCCCGAGUGCUGCAAAAGAGGAAAAGCAAUACAAGAAGCAUCUUUUCGAAUUCCCACGGAUAGAAAGUAUAGCAGCAAAAUGGAUUAAAGCAAGUGGAAAGACUAAUUGGACACCAAAUAAAGCUAGUGCGGUGUGUGAAAUACAUUUUAAGCCUGAAUAUUUUAACAAUACAAAAAUACGAAAACGUUUAAAGCCAGAUGCAAUACCCACGAAACAUUUGCCCUUUAGCUGUAUGAUAAACGAAACAAAUGAGGUUAUUUCUACUGAAGAUAGUGGUGAUAUGUACAGGGUAUGUGGACAGUUACAAGAGACAGAAGAAACAGAGUAUAUUAUAACAGAAAUGGAAGUUACGCAAGAUAUGAAUAUUGAUGUACAAAAUAUCACAUUCAUUCUAGACAUAGAUACAGAAAAGGCAUUGUUAAAUGAAAGUAGGAAAUGGAAAGCUUCAGAGGAAUUGGAAAACUUGAAAGUAAAAAUGCAGAAAAUGGAAGAAGAAAAUAAAAGAUUGAAGGCUGACAUAGAGUCGUCAAAAGAACAGCACGAAAAAGAAUUAAAUAGUCUAGCAGAUAUAUUGAGAAAUAUUAACGAAAAAGAAAAAAAGAAGUAUCAGGAAAAAUUAGUAACUAAAGAUAAACUAAUAAAAACAUUGCGGAUACAAGUAACACGAAAAAAUAGCUAACUUGAAGAUAUGUUAAUGACUAUGAAAAAUAUGAAUGUAUUAAAUAGUACCUCAAAUGACAUUUUAAAUAAUGACUUUGGAGAAACAUCAUCUAUACUAUAUUAUUAUGUAUACUAUAUUAUUAAUUAACAUGUUCUCCUAUACUUGCAAUAAACUUAUAAAAACUUUUAUCAA